AUGGAUACACUGCAAGAAAACACAACACACCCGCACUCACGCGCCCAGCCCCGCACACACACGCCACACACGCGCCCAGCCCCGCCCGCCCCCACGCACGCGCCCAGCCCCGCUCCCCGCCGGCGGCCGCGCGCCUCCGCCCGCCCCGCCCGCCCCCCGCCGGUGGCCGCGCGCCUCCCCGCGCCCCGCGCGCCCCGCCCCACCGCCCGCCGCGCCGCGCCCCGCCCGCCCCACCCCGCGCCCCGGCCCGGCCAGCACGCCGCGCCCCCGUGGCCCAAGACCCCGGCCCUCCCCCGCGCGCUGCAGCCAGAGAAGGCAGCGGGGGGCAGCAGAGGUAGGCCGGGAGGAGAAGGGAGAAGGGAGGCAGGCCAGUAG